CUUCACUCUUCACUUUAUAGAAUAUACAAUGUCUUCUCAAUCAUACUACGACGUGCUGGGGGUUGAGCCGACAGCAACGGACAGCGACAUAAAGAAGGCGUACCGCAAGCUGGCCAUGCAGUACCACCCGGACAAGAAUCCCGAGGGCGCAGACCAGUUCAAGGAGAUCAGCCAUGCUACGGCCCCGAUGGGCAUGCCCAGUGGCGGCGCCGAUGGUUUCGGAUUCAACGACAUGUACUCCGAGUUCUUCGACCAGGGCGGAAUGUUCAAUAUGCCGCCGCGGGGGCCGCGGGCCGAACGGCACCCGCUCGGCGUGAGCCUUGAGGACCUAUACAAGGGCAAGCGCAUGCGCAUGAAGCUGGUGCGCUCCGUGCCCUGCAAGCACUGCAAGGGCCUGGGCGGCAAGAAGUCGGUUCUGCGGGACUGCAUCACGUGCGAUGGCAAGGGCUUCAGGGUGGCAGCACGGCAGGUCGGGCCGGGUCUGAUCUCGCAGCAGCAGGUUUCGUGCCAGGCGUGCCAUGGUUCUGGCAAGAUCAUCCCAGAAAAGUACCGCUGCCGCAAGUGCAAGGGCGAGCGGGUGAUGGAUGAGAAGGAUACAGUGGAGAUUUUAAUCGAGCGGGGCAUGGCUGACGGGCAGACGAUUCUGCUCCAGGGCAAGGGCGACCAGGAGCCGGGCAAGGAGCCAGCCGACCUGAUGUUUGUGCUGCAGCAGAAGCCGCAUAGUGUGUUUGAGCGGUCCGGCGACGACCUGGUGGCUAAUGUGGAGAUCGAUCUGGCCGAGGCGCUGUGUGGGCUGUCGCGCGUGCUGCUCACCAGCCUCGAUGGCCGUGGGCUGCACGUCACGCAUGCGGGCGUGAUCCAGCCGGGGGACGUGGUCUGCAUCCAGAACGAGGGCAUGCCGCGGGCUAAGCGGCCCGCGCGACUCGGGCGAUUUUUCCCCGGCCGCGCGUGGAAGCCCAGCGCAGAGCUUGUCAGCAUGCUGCCGAAGACUCGCUGGCCGGAGCCCGCCAAGGACGCUGAAGUGGAUGCAGUCACAGCCAAGCCCAUCUCGACCGAUGAGUUCAAGGCACGUGUGCGGGCCAACCGGCACGCAUUCGGUGGGGAAGCAGCCGACGCCUACGACGCCUACGCUGGCGCGCAGCCCGAGUGCCAGCAGCAAUAGAGAAAGAUAGACCACAUAAAUGAUUUUAUUACGU